AUGGCUAUUGAAGAGAUUACCAAGUACGUGUUUGCGUCUCCCCGGAACCCCGCCGUCUCCCACACGGUGGCAUUUUUGCGCGUGGCGUUGGUGGCUAAUCAAGUUCUCCCCCUCAACAGCCCCGACACCUUUCGCGCCGCCCUCAAGGAGCACAAGGUGGUUGUCGCCGAUUUCCACGCUCUGUGGUGCGGCGACUGCAAGAUGAUUGAUCCCUUCUUCAAAAAGUACGGUGACACUCCCACGACCAUCUUUUCCCCACACGCCGCCGACGCAAAGUUCAAGGACGUCUACUUUUGCAAGAUUGACGUCGACGUCCUUCAGGGCCUCAGCAAGGAGUACAACGUCCGCCGCAUGCCCACGUUUAUCCUCUUCAAGGACGGUAACCGCCUCGACGACGUCUUUGAGCCCAAGCCGCCGCAGCUCGACGCCUUUCUGGCCAAGGCGCUGUAG